CUCGUGUGCGCGAGAUGGUGGAGCUCGCGGGGCUGUCGGACCACGUGACAGUGCAUGUUGGACCGUUCUCCAAGAACUACGAGGUUCUCCGCGGCCAGGCUGUCGACGUGUACUUCAUUGACCACGACAAGAAGGCGUACUUACAAGACUCGAAGCUCAUCAUCGGGAGCGAGACGCUGGUCCCAGGAUCUGUCGUUAUCGCUGACAAUGUCGGGCUGGGUCCUGUCCCGGGAGGCAAGAACGAGUACAUCGAGUUCGUCGAAGAGAGCCCGAAAGUUCUCGGAAGUGCGCCACACCGUCUACAUGAAGCGCGAAGACAUGAUGAUGCCAGACCUUUCGGUCGCGACGUUCCUCGGAUAACGUGCUGGAUCCUGAGCACUUGCUAAUAGCAAGUUGCUAUCUUCCAAAUGAUGUGGCAGCGAAGCAGUGGGUUGUUACUUUCAAUUCGCAACCCCACGCUGCAAACAAGAGCCGUGGUUUUUGGAACACUUUCGAUCGAGAUCAUACUCAACAAGAAUUUUCAUCUUCG